UGCAACAGAGAUAAAGAGAACAAAAGGACAAGCAUAUAGACUCCAGGAAAGAAAAAGAUCUCCAUCCUUCCCAGAAUCCUUCACUUUGCCUCCAUGACAAUCCAUCUGGUGCUUAGCCUGUGGCUUGUCCUUGUCCUUCACACAUGUGUUGUGAUAGGACACCCACAGUGCUUGGAUUAUAAACCACCUUUUCAACCCUCCAAACCUCUGACUUUUUGUACAACUUAUUCAACUUUUGGAUGCUGCGACACAGCCCAGGACAGAGUCAUCGCUGACAAGUUUGGAUAUAUCACAGAAUCCUUGGACAUCACAGGGGUCGCCGCCUGCGGAGAGUACAUACGGGACAUCCUGUGCCAGGAGUGCUCUCCCUACGCAGCUCAUUUAUAUGAUGCAGAAGAUGCCAACACCCCUCUCCGUGAACUCCCAGGUCUCUGUGGUAACUACUGUACAGAGUUCUGGUUCCGGUGUCGGUCCACCCUCAGCCUGUUCAUAGAGGACAGAGACCUUUCAGCAAUAGAAAGUGAUGUGGUCAAGUUUUGCCGCUAUCUCACACUGGAUGAUGUUAACUAUUGCUACCCCAAUGUCCUUACUAACGCAGAACUCAAUAAUGGUCUGGGGCAAGUGAAGGCAGAUGAAGAGGGAUGUCUACAGCUAUGCUUACAAGAGAUUGCCAAUGGACUGCGUAAUCCGGUGGCUAUGGUUCAUGCCAACGAUGGAACCCACCGCUUCUUCAUAGCUGAGCAGAUGGGAUAUGUGUGGGUCUAUCUCUCUAAUGGUUCACAAGUGGACAGGCCAUUUCUUAAUGUCUCCAAGGCUGUACUUACCUCUCCAUGGGCUGGAGAUGAGAGAGGUUUCCUGGGCAUUGCCAUGCAUCCUGACUUCCGGCACAAUGGAAAGUUCUACGUCUACUAUUCUAUCUAUGGCAAAAAGGAAGAGAAGAUAAGGAUAUCUGAAUUCCACGUUUCUACAGACAACAUGAACAUGGCAGAUCACAAAUCUGAACGAAUAAUCCUAGAAAUUACAGAACCUGCAUCCAACCACAACGGGGGGCAAAUACUGUUUGGAAUCGAUGGAUACCUAUAUAUCUUCACUGGGGAUGGAGGAAGAGCUGGUGAUCCAUUUGGAGAGUUUGGCAAUGCCCAAAACAAAUCUUCUCUUCUGGGUAAAGUCCUAAGGAUCAAUGUCAAUGACAAUGACAAGGGACCUCCCUACCGUAUACCACCCGACAACCCCUUCCUGCGAGAACGCACAGCCCGUCCGGAGGUAUAUGCCUACGGGGCCAGGAACAUGUGGCGCUGCUCGGUGGACAGAGGUGAUCCGGUCACUGGGAAAGGACAGGGACGGAUUUUUUGCGGUGACGUUGGACAGAACAAGUUCGAGGAGGUAGAUCUCAUCCAGAAGGGUGGCAACUACGGCUGGAGAGCCAAGGAGGGAUUCUCCUGUUAUGACAAGAAGCUUUGUAACAACGCAUCUCUCAAUGACAUAUUACCGAUAUUUGCCUAUCCUCAUUCCGUGGGGAAGUCAGUCACUGGGGGUUAUGUCUACCGUGGAUGUCAAAUGCCCAACCUCAAUGGGCGCUACAUCUUUGGAGACUUCAUGAGCGGACGCCUGAUGUCCUUAAAAGAGGACAAGGAUGGCCAGUGGCAGUACACAGAGCUCUGUAUGGGACCAGCGCGGGACUGCAACUUCCCCAAACUCAUCAAUGGCUAUUACCCAUAUAUCAUAUCGUUUGGAGAGGAUGAGGCAGGAGAACUCUAUUUCUUGUCUACUGGGACACCCAGCGCGGCAGUGGCUGCAGGAGUCAUGUAUAAAAUAGUGGAUCCAUCCAAGAGAGCUGCUCCAGGCAAAUGUCCUCUCAAUCCUCGGUCCGUCCCUGUUAAGGGGAAACUAGUGGAUUUCUAUCCAAGGCAAAAACUCAUUCUUAAAACCACCACUGAAUCCCCACCAACAUCUCCUUCAUCAAAAACCCUGAAUCCAACCAGAUACAGUACAACUAUAGAGCCUCACGUCACAGUCACAUCACCUGUCAGAAAGUCAAGCACGCCUGCUUAUGUUACUGCUGCCCCAGUUCCUAGGCCAGCAACUCCAAGAAGAACGGUCACACCUGCACCAAAGCCAGAGAAAGGUACGGUGGCUAAGAAACCGGUGAAGGUCACUGUCACCUCAAGGCCCAUGACAAAUCACUGGAUCCCGACCAAAGGAUGGCAGAGUGAAUUGAAAGAUUUGUUCAUCACAAGAACAAGAUCACCAGCCUCUCCAAUUUUUACCACAGGGCAGCCGUCUAGGAGAAGAACCCAGCCAGGGGGAAAAACUGAACCCAAAAAGAGUCCUGGGAUAAGGAAGACCAAGAAAAAAGUUAUAAAAAAGCAGAAAGUGAAGGUGGUGAAGAAAAUCAAACACGGAACCGUGCGUCUUGUUAGUGAGGAAAAACUGCCCGACCGAGGAAGAGUGGAGAUUCACGUAAAUGGAGAGUGGGGAACAGUCUGCAACGACAGGUUUGAUAGUAAGGCUGCUUCAGUGGUUUGUACCCAGUUGGGGUACCCUUAUGUGUUGAAGGUUGCCCGAAGAACAGAGUUUGGUGAAGGCAAAGGACUGAGAAUCCUUCUAGAUGAGGUGAAAUGCCGGGGGCACGAGAGAACGCUCCUGGAAUGCCAAAGGUCAAAACUUGGCGAACACGACUGUACUCAUGACGAGGACGUUGGCAUAGUGUGCGGGAUGCAAGAGAGGCAGGAAGAGGAGUUUACGUUAACUUAA